UCCAGGCUCGACAAAAAAAUCCAAGUGAGGAGGAGGAUCUGGUAACGGUGCUCUUGCUGUAAUAUCAACCAUCUCGAGUCUCUAUCUAAAGGCUCGGUAGGAUUUUACAGUUUUCCGUGAGUACUUGUUUGGUUUCGGCCCGCGGAACCCGUGACCUCUGCAUAGGACAAAGGUUAGAGAUCACAGAGCAGGGUUGCGGUUGUCGUCAUGGCAUCUGGAAGUACGAGCAGCGAGGAGGAGCGGAGCCUGAGGGAGUGUGAGCAGUACGUGCAGAAACACAACAUUCAGCAGCUGCUGAAAGACUGCAUUGUCCAGCUGUGCACAUCUAGGCCGGACAGGCCUAUGGCCUUUCUCAGGGAAUACUUUGAGAGGCUGGAGAAGGAGGAGGCCAAGCAGAUUCAGAACCAGCAGAAGGCCAGCAGUUCCCGUUCAGACUCUCGUGAUGAGGAGGUGUCCCCACCCAUGAACCCUGUGGUAAAGGGUCGCAGGCGGAGAGGAGCCUUCAGCGCAGAGGUUUACACAGAGGAGGAUGCAGCUUCAUAUGUCAGAAAGGUCAUUCCAAAAGACUACAAAACAAUGGCUGCGUUGGCUAAAGCUAUUGAAAAGAAUGUGCUCUUCUCUCAUCUGGAUGACAAUGAAAGGAGUGACAUAUUUGACGCAAUGUUCCCGGUUACCUACAUUGCUGGGGAAACAGUUAUUCUGCAAGGUGACGAAGGAGACAAUUUCUAUGUCAUCGACCAAGGGGAAAUGGACGUGUAUGUGAACAAUGAAUGGGUGACCAGCAUCGGGGAAGGAGGGAGCUUUGGGGAGCUGGCGCUGAUCUACGGUACCCCCAGGGCGGCCACAGUCAGAGCGAAGACCAACGUGAAACUGUGGGGCAUUGACAGAGACAGCUACAGGAGAAUACUUAUGGGAAGCACUUUGAGAAAGAGGAAGAUGUACGAGGAAUUCCUCAGGAAAGUGUCCAUUUUAGAGUCUCUUGACAAGUGGGAGCGUCUGACAGUUGCUGAUGCCUUGGAGCCGGUCCAGUUUGAGGACGGGCAGAAGAUCGUUGUGCAGGGAGAGCCUGGAGAUGAGUUCUUCAUCAUCUUAGAGGGUUCUGCAGCUGUAUUGCAGCGUCGCUCAGAGAACGAGGAGUUUGUUGAAGUGGGGAGAUUAGGACCAUCCGACUAUUUUGGCGAGAUCGCUCUGCUGAUGAACCGUCCUCGUGCUGCCACCGUGGUCGCCCGCGGCCCCCUGAAGUGCGUCAAGCUGGACCGGCCCCGUUUCGAGCGCGUCCUGGGUCCCUGUUCGGACAUCCUCAAACGCAACAUCCAACAGUACAACAGCUUUGUGUCGCUGUCUGUCUGAGGGAUUGGCCCUCCUCCUCCUCCUUCUCUCUCCUUUGCCCUAACCCCUCACCUUCUUUCCCUCCUUUCAGACCCAGGGUCCACCAAUGCAAUUAGCUUUUUUUUUUUGUCACUUUCCUCUCGUUUCUUUUCGCUUUUUAUCCUCCCUCUUUGUUUUACACACAGAUCAUUUUUGCUGUUACCACCCGUCACGCAGAGGUGACUUUUAGCCACUCACCAGCGCUUGUACCAGCUGCUGUACGCUACCUUGUAGGCACAGUUUCUUCACGUUACUUGUGUUUUAUAUCUAUAUAUUUACUGGUUACAAUUUUAUUUUUUAGAUUUAAGUCUGAGCAAGAGAUCUGAAAGACUUUAGGGUCUCGAGCUGAAGAGACAGACAAUCAGACCUUACAUGGGGCUUUUGUGAAAUGAGUCACAUAUUUAUGUUGCAGAUUGAGCUGAAGACAGCUUAUUUGCUCUUUUAAGAGUUUCCUUUUUGGCAUCAGUUAUCUUAUUAAGAUUUGCAGAGCAGAACCUUGAAGCUGUAGAAAGCAGGAAGAAAAUGCAUAAACUGCCUUUUAUCAUCUUUUUUUUUUUUUUUUUUUUUUUUAGAUUUCAGCUCAAAUAUGAUUGUUCAUUUUUCUUAAUUCUUUUUUUUUAGUUGCAUUUCAAUUGGUAAUGUGAGACGAUGCUUAUACAACCUAAAGUUUUUAUUGUGCAGCUACCAGGCUAGUGCCAAAUGUUGAUUAUCGUCACAGCGCAGAUAUGCAUAGUCGUGAAAUGAAGUGCGUAUUUUGUUCCCUGGAGCUCCAACAGGAAGUAGUUACUACCCUAAUUGUCGUCCUCAAUGAUAGAAAAACCAUACAACAACUGCCUUGAAUACUCUGUGGGGGGGAAAAAUAUAGAAAUGAAAAGAAAGAGGGAAAAAAAGAGUAUUAAGUAAAUUUCAGUAUUCAGUUUAUUUAGUAUAUACCAAAUAACAUGGUCACUCUUCUGCUAUGGUUUGUAAUCAAAAUGUAAGUAUAGUUAAAUAAUCAUAGUUAUAUUAUUAUCAUUGACAAAAUGAUCAACUUAUGGUUUAGAGCGAUGGUGAUCUCUUAAAAAUAUAUGUUUAACUGUCUUUUGUAAACACUUAUUUUUCCAUAAAUUCUAUUUUAGGUGUCCAGUGCCACAAAGUAAAUAAAUGCUUCUUCUUGUCAACUGACAUAAGAGUAUGUAAUUGUAUUGUGUAAAAUGUCAUGGAAGGGGGGAGGGUGUCUUUUUAAAAGAAAUUAAAAGGCUAAUUGCAGAAAUCUGUGGAGGGGGAGGGGUUCGAGUUUAAGGACUUUCAGAACAUCUGAAGUAUUUAUGUGUCAGAGCUUCGCCCAGGCGAGCUGACCGGCAAGAACAGAAAAUCAUUAAAUACUUGUCAUUGUUUAUUGCCUAUUUGAAACGGUGGCUGUCUUUUCAUCGGAGUGGCUUGUGACCUGUUCACUUUGCUUACUCGGCAUGAUGUUUUAGGCAUCUGGUGUGAAUGAAAGUGUGUGUCCUGCAGCUUCAUACAGAAGCAAGAGCUUUGUCAAAUAUUACGUUUGUUACUCUUUAGCUUCAAUGCUUCAUGACUAUUUAGAUGACUUUUUUUUAAAAAGAUAUUUACCAAAUGACACAAUGUUGACUUUCUUGAUUAUAAGCUUAACUCUUCAUUCCUGCGUCACUGUCUCUUACCUGAAAUGAUCCAUUUUUAGUCUUGUGUCUGUUUCGUCUCAUUCAGAGCACUUGUAUGAGCUUCGACUUGAGAUGUGUGUUUGAUCUUGAUGCCGAUUGCAGGGUAGUCAGGUUGUUUUGUAAAUGAAUUGACUCCCUUACACUUAAACAGGUCAUCUGUUGCCCCAACCUUAAAGUUAUCCUUGUGGAUGUUGAUAACAUGCAGAUGUGUUUCCAUCAACAACACGUACUGUUUAUCGUGAUCCACAGGAAAUGACUCCGUUAGGGCUGAGGGUUUCACCUUUGUCAAAAACCUUUUUUUGUUUUUAAUGUAAAUAGCUGCAUCAUGGGUUUCAGUCCAAAGUGUUUUUAGCCACUCUGCAAUUGUCCCGGUUUGCCUUAGCGUACCCAACCUGGGCUAACAGCUGUAGUCCGUUGCUCCUGCGAGCCCAACCUUCAGUGAGUUUGUUCGGCGUGCAGCACAGUGACCUGCAGCCCAUCAGAGGACCAUUCUUUUUCUAUUCUACCCUGUAUUUAGUUUGACCUCCUGUAUGUGCAAAGAUGUUUAUCCUUUUGGUAUAGAUUGUUCCAGAUGGCAGUUUAAGCAAUAAAAAAGUAAAAAAUCA